AUGGACCAUGUCGUGAGAUGCGAGGAAGUUCGUGGGGUGGAUGGUGGCAGCAACAUUCCCGCUGGUCGCAGUGGUCACCGUAUAGUCUGUAUCGCCGGUGAUAUCUACGUUCUUGGCGGUUACAUUCAGCUGCCCACGGGCCUCGAGGUGGUCGGUGAAGUUUGGGCCUACAAUAUCCUUGCCGGCCGCUGGCGCCAACUCGCUAUUCCCAACUGUCCGUUUCAACUCGCUCUCUCGGCCUCCGCACUCGCCGUCGGUAAACGCAUUAUCAUUCAUGGAGGUUCAGGAAUUCCCUUCGGAGCGAAUGUCAACAAUUCCCUGAUGGAGAUAGACGUGGUGACGGAGCGGUGCGCCGAAUACGCCUGCAACCCAAAGGACGGGGAGACAAAGAACAUUCCGCAAAAGACCUACGGUCAUUCCCUGACGUACGCGCACCUGACAGGCCACAAACCGCCCGGAUGUGGGGAUAUGCUUUUCAAGGUGGGUGGGGCGCUUGGGGUGCCCUAUACGAACAUCGUGAGCGCGUUCUCCUUCGACACGGGCACGUGGGAGACGCUAUUUGGCUGUGACGGGGCCAAUUCUGAGGAAAAGUUUGCUCCCAGAUAUCGACAUGAUGCUAUAUUCUGGAAGGACGAGUUGUACAUAAUUGGAGGAACGAAUUCAGAAGGCAGCCUACCAUUUUGGCCGAUGCCCGUAUUCCACGUGCGUGAACGCUCGUGGCGCAACAUCACCUUUUCUGGCAGUUGCCCCGCCCCUCUUCGCUGUCCCUGCUCUGUUCACUUCAACCACGUCGUUUAUACAACUGGUGGUAUAUCGGAUGCAACUGGUGCCUUGAACGAUCUCGUCUAUGCCUUUGAUCUCGAAUCGCUAGUUUUCUACACCGUUGGAACCCAACCGCUACCCACGUUCUUUCAUGACCUCACGGUUGUGUCCGAGGUAAGUGCGCUCAUCCCAGCGCCGUUUGGUUCUCGUUGUCUUGAUCUUUACGCACCCACCGCCCUCGGCUUGGGCAGCCGCUCUCUGAAUGCUUCCAGUGCUACGCUGCAUCCUCAGUGGCUGGGAGGGCAAUUCUACUCCUUCGGGGGUGUCCGAGAGGAAAACCGCGUGAAUCAUCUCUUCUGCUUGACUCUCCUCCACCAACCCAAGAGCCUUGCUGAGCUCUGCUGGCAGCGGGUAUCCCACGAAUUGCGUGUUUUCUUCCCACCGGACCUAAGGGCGUCGCAGUUAGAAGAAGUGUUUCGUGAGGGCUGCCUGACUUUUUUCAGCCGGCUAAUGAUUCAGCACGUGCAAACCAUGUUUGAAAACGAGGCUGGUGACUUCGCCAACGACGACACUCUAAGCGGAAUACACGAGAUCUACAAGUACACUAAAACUGCUCUCUUCAAUUUGCUCAACCGGUUUCGAUCCGUGACGUGGAAAUAUAGAUCGACCCCUUUGGGGUCGCUUCCAAAGUGCUUUGGCCUUCUUUUCGACUCAAUGAUGACGGCGUUUACGUCAAUCGUAAGGGAGAUCGAAGCGGAGCGACGGGUGGAUCCAGUUGAAUGCGUUUCACUCUUUUUGACGAUUCUUUUCUACUGCAACGGGGCCCCACUGAAAUACGUGACACGCCUACCCUACGGAUUCCGUUGUCUCAAUGUUGUAUGUCGCCACAUGGAUCGAAUCGCCAGUGAAACCAACGAUGAUACUUCGUCCCCACCAAAGAGGACGCUUUUUGCUACCGUUUGA